AUGACUACAGAAACUACAACCGAAAAAAAGUCACGUAAGAGAAAGGGAACUGAAGAAGCAGUCGAACGUAAGACGAACCCAGGACGUGCCGCGAAGACUAAAGCCGAGGAAGCCAAAGCCGCAGCCUCUACCUCUGCAAGCGCAGCUUCGACAUCUAAGAGUAAAGGAACUAAUAAAAAGGCAAAGACCGAGAAAAAUGAUGCUCUUCCUAAAUGGAAGGUGUUUUCGGAAAACGCCAAGGACCUCAAGGUAGUGAUCACUCAACCAGUCGAAAUUGAGGAAGAUCGAGAUCCCGAAAAAAAAGAUAAAGAGGGGGAAGAAGCAAAAACUGAGGAAGACGCAGGAACUUCAAAGAAUGGGGACAAUACUGCCGGAGAACAUUUGUACACUCUGGAAGCUAAGCCCCAAAAGUAUAGUACUGGCAGCUAUGGUUGGUCGGCGUCCGUUCCAAAGGGAAAAAUCAAGAUUCAUGUCGAUGGAAAGGAGGUGGAAUUACCGGUCACAGUUAACCUCAAUAUCACUGUUCAAGGUUUGAAGAAUAAAUAA